UCAUUCAAGCGAAACACCCACACGAGUAGUGUACCUGUAACUACUCACCACAUCACUCUCACCCACCAAACACCAACAGAAACCUUCUGCUUCUAGAAUAUUCCUCACCGUUCUCCAACCGCUUUUGCCUCACUCAACUCUCAAUCUCUCGAGGUGAAAAGCGUGGAGAUGGACAGAUUUGGUAACUAGCUGAAGGGGUAUCUGCAGAGGAGCCGGCUGAGUUUAGGGUAAUGAUAGGAAGGAUGGAUAAUGGAGCACAAUCUGGUUUUGACUGGGCAGAGGAAAUUAAUGGAGAGGUUCAAAACUGUGUGAGAAAGAAAAGGAAAUACAACAAAUCAAAGAAAAAGGAAUACAAAUACAAUGGAUGGGGAUCAACUUCCCUUAUUCAGUUUCUCAAAUCCAUUGGUAGAGAUACAAGCAGCAAGAUAAGUCAAAGUGACGUCACUAAAAUUAUAAAUGAUUAUGUUAAGCAGAAUAACCUUCUUAAGCCUACAAAUAAGAAAAGAAUUCUGUGUGAUGUUAGGCUCCAGUUGUUGUUCGGAAGGAAGAGCAUUAACCGGAUAAAGAUUAGUAACUUUCUUGAGUCACACUAUUUAGAAAACUGUGGACAAUCUGAUGAAGACAUUCUGUUUGACUCAGAUGUUGAUGAAUAUGCAUGUGAAAUCCCCAAACCAGCGCCUUCGGAGAGGAAGAGCCAACCGAGGAAACAUGUUGUGGAAAAACCAAGAAGCUGUUUUGCCGCUAUCAAUUCUUCCAACAUCAAGCUUGUUUAUUUAAAGAGGAGUCUAGUUGAGGAACUUUUAAAGGACCUUGAAACUUUUGAGACCAAAGUAGUUCGAAGUUUCAUAAGAAUCAAGUGUGACCCAAAUGACUACCUUCAGAAAAACUCACACCUGCUUCUGCAAGUAAAAGGUAUAAAGAAGGGCUCAGGAGUCGAUGGGGAAAUUCGCUUGCAAGCUUCUGGUUUCAUUAAAGACAUUACCAUUAAUAUGCUAUCAGACGAUAAUUUCUCUGAGGAAGAGUGCGAUGAUUUGCAUAGAAGAAUUAAAGACGGCUUACUCAAGAAACCUACGAUUGUGGAUUUGGAGGAAAAGGCUAGAGUGUUGCAUGAGGAUAUAACUAAACAUUGGCUUGCAAGAGAACUUGCUCUAUUGCAGAAUCUUAUUGACCGAGCAAAUGAAAAGGGUUGGCGAAGAGAGUUGGACGGGUACCUUCAAAGAAGGGAAAAGCUUAAGAGACCGGAGGAGCAUGAACGGUUAUUGCAUGUAAUCCCUGAAGUUAUUGCUGAAGAUCUAGAAUCUGAAUCUACGACAACAGAUGUUCCAGUUAAGAAACUCAAAACCAGUUUCCAAGAGUUUUCAGAGACUACCUGUACAAAAGCAUCAUUAGCAUCUGAGGUCCCAGAGGCAGUUGCAGAUGAUUCUGCAGAUUAUUUCUCAGAUGAUGAAGAAUGGUUAUUCCAUGGGAUUCCCCAAGUUACUACUGAUUUUCUAGAUUUUUCAGAAUCCCAACUCCCCGAAGUUCCAGAUAAAAAGGCAGAAGUUCCAGAUAAAAAGGCAGAAAAUAAUAGUAUGCAAAGUUUCUGGGAAGCUACUCGUACAAAAGAAUCUUUAGUGACCGAAGUUUCAAAUCCGGUUGCUAAUGGUUUUGCAUGCAAGGCUACAAAACUGUCUCUUACCGAUCAAACCGAUCAAGAAAAUGAGUCACCAAAGUCGAUUCUCAAUCUUAGUGGACCAUCAGAAGUUCCUCUUUUCAGCAUGGAAAUUAAUAGCACUGCGUUGAAUUGCAUAUCUCGCGACGCUUCUGCAGUUAACCAAUGGUCUAGCGUGUCUGUUCAACAGCAACCAGCAAAAGAAACAAACUUCGCAUAUAAGAUGGAUGGUGUAUCUAUGACGGCCAAAUCAAAUGAAUUUCAUAUUGGAAAUAAGAUCUCUCAAGCACCAACAGUCAAUCAGGUACGGCCAGCUCAGGUUCAGGUUAUAGAACUGAGCGACGAUGAUGACGAUGAGGAAAGUGAAAAACCAAGCACCAUAAAACCUCUCCAUGAAACACCAAGCACCAUAAACCGUGUUCAUGAAAAUCUAAACACCGUAAACCGUGUUCGUGAAAAUCUAAACACCGUAAGACCAGUUCCUGCUGAGGAGUUACAAGCCUUGGUCUGGCAUUACAGAGAUCCUCAGGGACAGGUGCAAGGUCCUUUCUCCAUAGUUGCUCUAAAAGGUUGGAGGGAUGCUCACUACUUUACUCCAGACUUCAAGGUUUGGAGGGCAGGCCAAAGCCAAGACCAAAGUGUACUAUUGAAGAAUAUUCUACCCAAAUUUUUCCCCUUUGGAUAAAAUUUCAGGAGGUGUCAGUUUAACUGGGAUGUCAGUUAUCAGAGUAAUGCUUUUGUCAUACCAAUUUUGAUUUUAAAAAAAAAUGAUGCUUUCCUAUCCUGGUCAAUAACUUGUUUUGAUUUUCCGGCAACAGACGAACAGCUACUUAUAACUGUAACUGUCUCAAAUUCCAUCUGAUGUCUUUGUUCCAUAUCAAUAAUUUGAUUCUCUGGUAAACACCAACUUGCUUGUCUCCCUCUUUAUCUAGCCCAAUGGUUGUAGAAUGUGUGCUGUGUCCAAUUGUCAGGCAAAGGCCAAGGUUAUUCAAGCUGGUGAUUGUGGAGGCUGUUGGGAAAUAUAUCAAAUCGGUGACAGUUACAAAAAAAAAAAAAAGGUUCACUUUCAAAUCAUUCCAACAAAAAUUGAAUAUCAAACAAUCAAUGUUUAUUAUCUGUUUUUACAGUUCUUUUUGUCAAAAAUAAUUUUAUUGGAUAUUUUUAAUAUCCAAACUGAGUUACAGAUCGACCUUUUUUUGUGUGGCAUUGAUGAGACAUUUAAUAUAUAUUAUUUGGUGCUUUUUUUAA